AUGAAGCUUUUUCUUCUUGUUGUACUUACAUUCUUCAUAAGUGUCAAUUGUAAUUUUAUAAAUCGAGAAUGUAAAUGCAAAGUUAUUUCAAGCCAAGUUCAUUUCCCGUAUCAGUCAUGGGAGAUUUCAUCAUGCAAGCUUUGUGGAUGCGAAGAUGUUGCUACGAAGAAUUGUGAGCAGGCAUGUAAACUUUUAAUGCAAGCCUAUACAAUUACAGGCUGCGGAACAGUUAUUAAAGAUAGCAAGGUGAAAUAUACAUGGGAUGCAGGUUCAUGUUCAAGUGGUAUGAGCAAUGAAGAGUUUUCAUGUGCUUAA